AUGUCUAAACAACGAUUAUUUUUGAUGAUGAGUUUUUUAGUUAUCUGUUUAGCUGUUAUCAUUGGUAUUCUUGAUUCAAUGAAAACACGUUUCUAUAUUUUCGAUCCAAAACAACUUCAUAUACUUGCUCAACAAGCUCUAAUUACAAAUGGACAUUUGAAUAUUACCGAUGGUAAAUUAAUUCCAAUAGCUCAAGAAAGUCCUAAUACAAUACGUCCAGUAAUUGAUUAUAUUAUUACCGAUUUACAAAAAACAAUUGAUAAACGAUAUUUAACAGAUAAAAAAGAAUGGAUAUUUAAUAAUGCUGGAGGAGCUAUGGGUGCUAUGUUUAUUAUACAUGCAUCAUUUACAGAAUAUCUUAUUAUAUUUGGAACAUCACUUGGUACUGAAGGUCAUACUGGAUUACAUACGGCAGAUGAUUAU